AUGUCAAAUAAGCAGACGAUUGAUACAACAAAGACGAUAAAUAAUUUACAGAUGAAUAGUUUAGUACAGAUAAUUAUGUCAAUAUUGAAUUAUAAAACAUCGCUCAGAGAAAUUCUUGACAAUAGUUUAGAUUUGAGUAUAUUUGACGAUAAAUUUCCAAAUGAACUUGAUAAAAAUCUUCUUGACAUGUUGACAAAAGCUAACCAAUAUCUUUAUAGUAGUGAUGAUGAGAAUAAUUUAAAGAACUCAAAAUUAUAUACAAAACUUUUACUUGAUUAUUCAUGGGAAAAAUUAAAUACUGGUAUAUGGCAAAAUGUCAAAGAUGUUUACCGUUAUUUAUAUUCUUAUUCACGUUACAUUGAUGUAUUAGUCGAUUGCUGUUUGAUUAAGACACAAAAGCAACAAGAAUGUCAAGAUAUUAUAAAAAAAUGUGAUUUGGGCAUUCUUCUUGGCGGUCCAAUACUUGAAAAAAGAUUUAAUCAAAUAAUUCAUUUGUUAAAUCAGUUCAAAACUGAUAAUAACGAUAGUUCUCCAGUCGCUCCGAAGAGGCCACGUCUUCAGUCAGACAGUGUCAGCGUUCUGAUUACACCUGUUAUUGACAAAUCAAAACAAAUUGAAUGUGUUGAACAACCAUCGAUCGAACAGUUUUUAGUUAAAUAUAUGAAACAAAACAAACCCGUUGUUCUCACCGGAUGUAUUCAACAUUGGCCAGCGAUGAAAAAAUGGAAUUUUGAUUAUUUGGUAAAAUUAGCUGGUGAUCGAACAGUGCCAAUUGAGAUUGGUAGUCGUUAUACAGACGAUAAUUGGACACAAAAGUUGAUGACAAUUAGUGAUUUUGUGAAUUUAUAUUGCAAACAAAACGCAGGGAAACGCGGUUAUCUUGCUCAACAUCCUCUAUUUGAACAAAUUCCAGAUUUGAAAAAUGAUAUUUGUAUUCCAGAUUACUGUUAUAUCAGUUCAGAUGAUAGCAACGAUAAUGAUGAAGACGUCGAACUAAAUGCAUGGAUUGGAAAACAAACGAUUUCACCGUUACAUACAGAUCCAAAACAAAAUCUUUUAGCACAGAUUGAUGUUGAAAAUCCAGAUUACGAACAAUAUCCUAAAUUCAAAGAUGUGCCUUAUCUUGAGUGUAUUUUACAUGCUGGUGAAAUGUUAUAUAUUCCAGCAAAAUAUAAUAUGAAUUUUACAGAAUUAUUUCGUGUAACAAAUCGUCUAUGUGACUAUUCACCAUGUGGUGAAUAUUUAGCAUGUGCUAAUCAUUAUCGUUUAAUCGUACGUUCAAGUUCAACAUUGGAAAUAAUUAAUUUAUUUGCUUGUAUCGAUACUAUCGAUAAAAUUGAAUGGUCCUAUGAUUCACGAUUGAUUCUCGCUGGUCUUUUAAAACGUAAUGCUGUACAAAUAUUUUCAUUAGAUAAUCCCGAAUGGAAAUGUAAAAUAGAUGAAGGUUCAGCUGGUCUGUGCAGUGUACAUUGGUCACCAGAUUCACGUCACAUCUUAACAACAUCACAAUUUCAUUUACGUAUUACGGUCUGGUCGCUAACAUCAAAAAGUGUUUCAUAUAUCAAAUAUCCAAAAAAAUUAAAUCAACAACCAUCGUAUGUAUUUAGUCCAAAUCAUCAAUAUAUGGCAUUAGUUGAACGACGAAAUGAUAGUAGUGAUCAUAUUUCAAUAUUUGAUUGUACAUCAAAUUGGUCAAUGGUUUCACAUUUUCAACCGGACUUAGAAGAUUUACAAGGGAUUGUUUGGUCUCUAAAUGAGAAUGGUAAUAGUGGUGGAUGUGGAACAUUGUGCAUGUGGGAGAAUUCAUUUGAAUAUAAAAUAUUAUUUUAUGCAUUAAAUGGUCAGUUAUUAAAUGUCUAUAAACCAACUACGCCAUCACAAACAUUGGGUAUUCGUUGUGUUAAAUGGUCACCAACUGGACAAAUCUUAGCCGUAGGAAGCUAUAAUGAAACAAUAGCAUUAUUUAAUUAUCUAACAUAUAAAAAAAUUCAAACAUUUCAACAUCCACAGAAAUUAUCAUCAAAUAAUUAUAUUAUACUAAGAGAAGAACAACAACAGAGUCCACUGAUGGUAAAUCAAACAAGCCAUCCACGUAAAUAUUCGUCAUCAUUAUAUUCUUCGAAUAGUAACAACAGCGCUACCAAUGUCAGUAGUACAAUGAAUGAAUCAAAAUAUGUCAUCUACGAUGGUACAUUACAAAUUUCACCCAUUAAACCCGAUUUAGAUCGUUCAAAUCCGCGUCUUGGCGUAUCGUCUCUCGAAUUUAGUUUUAAUGGUCGUUAUAUGACAAGUAUAAAUGAUACAAUGCCAAAUCUUUUAUUUAUAUGGGAUUUUUCAAAAUUUUAUCUAUCCUAUAUUCUUAUUCAAACACAACCGAUUCGUUGUAUCAAAUGGGAACCAAAUAGAAAUCGUCUCGCUUUAUGUACUGGCAAUAAUUGUUUAUAUUUGUGGACAAUUAAUGGUGCGGCAUGUAUUAAUGUGCCAGAUGAAUCAGCUAAAUUAAAUAUUUUUGAAUUAAAAUGGAAUCCUCUAGGAAAAGCAAUAACAUUAAUUGGACAAGAUAAUAUGUGUGUAGGUUUUAUCGACGUUGAUAAACAAACAACAGCAGCAGCAACUACAACGACAGAUAAUGUCAAUAAUGGAACACUAUAA